GAUGUUUCGCAUGCCUCGUCGAACCGAGAAGACGCGGUAGUCGGUUGUGUUCAUUUUAUCGUAAACGCACGGCAUCCGUCGUUGGUUUUUAUUAUUCGUACGGUGAAGUUCGAACUUCUAAUAAUGUGAUUUUCAAGUGGUGUUUUUUAUGGGAUAACAUUUCUACGACAAGAAAUAACCAUGACACUCGGACAACUCAAGAAGAAAAAACACCUGCUCAAUUCCGCAAGCAAAACGAUCACAAAAUAUACGGAUUCGCACGGUAAAGAUCGUUUCACGAAACUAGACGAUCCAAUAAAAGAAGAGCAGAGACCCCCCGUAUACAAUCCGGAAGAUUAUGCGUAUUGGAUUAGAAAAUGGGGAAAGAAAUCCGUACACGGUAUCGUGUCUUUGUAUUCGCAUUGCAGUAUGUCUGAUUUAGAGAGUCAUAGUUCUCGAAGGAGCUCAUUUAGAGACUAUAGAAACCCGAUGUUGAGCUCGUCCGGAAUGGAAAUGACGCUCAGGCAGUUCGGAACGGUCUCCGAACUUUUAUCCAAACUUAAAAGUGAUCUGCGACUGGCGUAUCCUAGUUUCGUUCAGGAAUUCGUCGCGGAUCCUCUAGAUGGCGUAACUAUACUUCUGGAUCUUCUUCGGGCUAUUCAAUUGAGUCAAUCUAAUAACGGUCAGAUACAAAACGCUCCGAAACUACCGCCGGCUGUUCAGCGCAGGACUCUGUUGGACGAAUUAUGCUGUCUACAAUGUUUGUUCAACUGUUGCAUCAGAUAUUCCGAAUCAGUAAGGAAAUUGACAUCGACAUCGGCUGGUUUGUUCACUUUAGCAGUUUGUAUUAUGAGUAAUGUGAACAAAUCUAGAAUAUUGGCGCUACAAUUGUUGAGCAAAGCUUGUGAACCACCUACGAGUAAUCAUUCGGCGGUUUCCGAAGCUAUGUCGACGUUGCGAUUGAGAUUCGGAGAGCCUGUUCGUUUUCGUUUUUUGGUCGGGAUGCUGAGUUCGGCGGGAAGUCACGUCGAACUCCUUACUUCGGGAUUGAGAUUCAUUAACUCGUUCUUAAACACCGCCGACAGCGUGCAGAAAAGAAUUUACCUACAAGCCGAAUUGGAACAGGCCGGUUUCGAUUUGGCAACUAUUAAAAAGAACGUGGGUGUUAAUGUCGAUGGUUGUGAAGCGCUAUUUAAAGAAAUGGAUACGUUCGAAAAGCAGUUCAUCGAUGUUGAAAAUCUUACAAUACGAACUGAAAGUGCAGAAAAGGAGAAUGAUCAUUUGAAAGACAAAUUGUCCGUAUUGGAACGAAGGAUUCAGGUUUUACAAGAAGAAAAAGGGAUCUUAGUUUCCAUGGAUCAAUGUUUAAGAGACAAAUGUAGCGAACUUCGUGAAGAAGUCCAAUCAUUAAGAUCGUCCCAAACUCUAGAACGUCGUAAUUCAGUACCUACAGCCGAAGACGAAGGUAUAUCAUCAUCGGAACGCACCCCGACCCCCGAAACCGACAUACGACCAACGUCAGUCGUCUUUGAAAGGUACACCGCCCCGGAACCACAACGCGACAACGAAUCAGAAGAAGAAACAACCAUCGAAGAAGUCAUACAAGAAUUACAAGACAUCAUCAGUAACGAAGAAACCGAAGUUUACAACAGAGAAAAUUUAAAAAACACCGAAGAUAAAUCAACAUCCAUUCAUUUAGAUAUAACGAACGAAUACGAAAUAAUCCCUUCUAAUUUACAACCCGAACCUCCGAAAAAAUCGAGAAGCCUAAUCCACCUCUUCUUCCCCUCGGUCGAUUACGAAUGUAACACUAAAGAAAUAUAUUUCGAAGCCGAAAGUUUGACAAGUGACAGUUCUUAUUCGAUAUCGGAUCGUUACGAAAAAAAAUCCCCGUCGGAAUCGAAUUCGAAUCGAAAAAAAUCCGCCAUCUUCCCAGGGCAUUCGGUCGAAGUAUCAUACACGGAAAUUAAACGAGAAGAAACUAAAACGAAAAGUUUGGAUCGCGUUGAUAAUUUUGAAUCGAUUAACGUCGUCGUGACUAAUAAAAAUCCAGCUUCGAGAUCGAAAAGCGAUUCGGGGAAUAUAUCAGGAACUUCUGUAUGUAGGAGUAUUUCCAAUGUGUAUGUGAAUAAUUCGAAGGACGUUUCACCAAAAUUCGAAUCUAAUCGAGAAGAGAAACACAAAAUGUUUUUACCAACCUACGGGGACGAAGUACUGUACUACUUUCCUAGAAUCCAGGAAAGAAGAUACAGUAACUCUUCCAGUUUCCUCAACAGGGGAUAUAAUAACGCUGGAUUAUAUUCAGGACGAACACUUAAUACUCAUCAAUAUUUUUCUAGAAGUAGAGAAAUUAUUGGUAGCGAUUGCAGAAGUUCGGGAAAAUUAACAGAUUUUCCAUCGGGGUUAUAUUAAUAUUAUUAAGUGAAAUUAAAUUUCUUAAUAGGUAAGUUUCAAAACGAAGUUUUUGUACAAAUUUCACUUUUAUUGCCAAAAACAAAUUAUUUCUCUCGGUGUACUUUUUUUAAGGACAAUAUAAUUUCCUUUUAUACAACAAGAACAGGUAAAAUCACAAUUAAUUUUUCACUCCACCGAUAAAUGCUCAAUAAUAAUUACUAAAUACUUAAAAUAUAUCAUAUAACUAUAUAAAAGUUCACAAAUAUUAAAAAACUAUAAAAAAUAAAAGAUUUAUAUAGGUUAAGUUUGAUAUUUCCAUAGAAAACAAAACACGUUAUUUCAGAUUCGCAUUCAACUGAUUUUCAAUUGUGUUUUUUUGUUAUUUGCCGAUGUAAUAGAAAAAAUGGAAAUAUUAGACACAAUUUUGACACUAAUACAAUGCCGUUUCUUCUGAUUUCCGACAGUGCAUUUAGAUGGUCUCAUCUGUUGGUUAAAACGGCAUGAAAUGGAAAAUAUCAUGAGGUAACUAGCUGAGCACGCGAUGAACUAUUCACAACACAAAAGUAAUUAUUUUAACUGAAUUUUCCUGAUAUUAGGAUUUAACAAUGGAAAACUCGCCAGUAUUAACAAAUAUAAAUCGAGUGAGAUUUUGUACCACCUAGCAAAGAUGGCGGAACUGUCAAUAACGUCAUUCUAGAAUGAUCCAUUACUUUGAAAAUUGCAAAUUUAUUUUUUGUCGAUUAAUUAUUUCUAAUAUUAAAAAUGUAUUAAUAUAAGUAUCUAUAUAUCUUUUGUUGAAAUUAGUUCGAAACGCUUGUAAAUAAAUUGAUAAAAUCGAAAAUUGAAUUUAAAACUUUUUUUGUCCACCUAAAUGAGAUACUCGGUAUAAAAAUUGUGAUUAUUUGUAUAUAUUCAUAGUCGAUAGAUAAUAUUGUGCAAUAUUAUGUCUUAUUUGUUUUAGUAAAUUUUUAUUCGAAUUCUAA